AUGAGCCGAGCGAUGAGCCGAGUGACGAGCCGAGUGACGAGCCGACCGAGUGACGAGCCGAGCGAUGAGCCGAGUGACGAGCCGAGUGACGAGCCGAGUGAUGAACCGAGCGAUGAGCCGAGUGACGAGCCGAGUGACGAGCCGAGUGACGAGCCGAGUGAUGAACCCAGCGAUGAGCCGAGUGAUGAGCCUUCGAACGAUCCGACCGACGGCCCCACGGAUACCCCAACCGAUGCGCCGACGGACGCUCCCAAGCCGACGCCGUCGCCAUCGAGCCAGCCGGGCAACGGGUCGCCGAUCCUGGUCAACUUGGCCGUGCCCGACCACGUUGGUGUCGACUGCCCUGGCAUCCAGUCGCGCUUCCCGGCUGGCACGCUCUUCUGUGGCUCGCCCAAGCCGCCGGGGGCCAACAUCUACACGCCGUCGUGCGACCAGUCGAUGACCGUGACGUGGCAGGGCAAGAGCGUCACGUGCGUCAUUUCGUUCCAAGCAUCGGGCGUCGGCUUGACGACCGACGCCUACGUCGAGCUUGUCCCCGAGGCCUACGCCGUGCUGACGGGCUCGACGCAGGGUGGCAUCAUCACGGGCGCGACCUGCAGUGGCGUCUGCAACGUCGCCCGGUCGUAAACCAUCGAGUAAUCCUUUGUGUUAUAUACCAUCGUCGUCGUCACAUGUAAAUGAAUAUAAAACAACACCGACCGUGUUGUCCACUGAAA